AAGAGCGAGAAAAUCAAGAUCCCCAAGUUGUUGACGUCAUGGUUCCGAGUCCAAUCUCCCCCAUCCAGUUCCCGCAUUUCUGGAAGAGUGAACAGUUGGUCAUGGGUGGAUCCCAGGAACAGGACUUGGGCUCACAGCGCAUUUCCAAGAAGCACCGCAAGCUCCUGAAAACAAGUCCACCCAUGCAGCGAACCAACACCUCUCCCUCCUCCUCCUCCUCCUCCUCCUCCUCUUCUUCUUCUUUGACUUCAUUCUCAAGAUUGUUUCCCCUCCAGCAUUGGCGGAAGCUCCUCAGCAUCUUGGAGAGACGCCGGCAGAUCAUUAAGAAGAUGUGCGCCAAGUACAAGAGCAACGUCUCCAAGACCAUCACGCAGGACCAAGUGAAGAACAUCUUUGUUGAGGACAAGCACAAGGUCCUCUACUGCCAGGUACCCAAAGCAGGCUGCUCCAACUGGAAGCGGACUUUGAUGGUCCUGGCAGGAGUAACGUCUGACCCUCACAGCAUCACCCACGAUACGGCCCACUUCGGCAACUUCUUGAAAACCCUGAAGAGUUUCGACCGGCAGGGCAUCAUGCGCCGCCUGAACAGCUACACCAAAGUCAUGUUUGUGCGAGAGCCUUUCGAGAGGGUCGUGUCGGCCUACAGGGACAAGUUCGAGAACCCCAACGACUACUACCACAAAGGCUUCGGGAGGCCCAUCAUCUCCAAGUACAGGCCCAACGCCACCAGGUCGGCCUUGGCGUCGGGCAACGGCGUCACCUUCCAGGAGUUUGUGCAGUACCUGCUGGACGUGCACCGGCCCGUGGGCAUGGACAUUCACUGGGAACCGGCCAACCAAGUGUGCAACCCGUGCCUCAUUGACUACGACUUCAUCGGCAAGUUUGAGAACAUGGAGGAGGAGGCCGAACUGCUGCUGCGCUUGGUCGGGGCGCCGCGGAACCUCACGCUGCCCAAAUUCAAGGACCGGAACUCGUCCGACGAGAGGACGUCGUUGAAGCUCACGCAAAAGUAUUUCGAGCGCAUCGGCGCGCUGGAGAGACAGCGGGUGUACGACUUUUACUACAUGGACUAUCUCAUGUUUAAUUACUCCAAACCUUAUCAGGUUUUAUACUGAUGGAUUGGCGUGGCCACUUCUGCAGCUAUUCCACAUCAGUCGUCUUGUUUGAGGAUUUUUUCCUUUGUUUUUACAAUCUUUGUACCAGAUUACAAGAUGCAAAAAUGUGUAUAAUGCUGCAUUCGAUUUCCGCUUGACAAUAAGCGUACCCUGGUAAAGCCUUUAUAAAUGAUUUUUCAGAUUGGUUAUGAGCAAUGCUUUGUGAAGCCAAAGUUUCUGUCAAGUCAAAAUAAAUGUGGAAGUAGACAAGAAGUUAAUUUGUUUUGAUUUUGGGGUAACUGAUGCAACAUAUUUUACUUACAUGACACUAAAGAUUCUCAUCGAUCAGGGGCGGAGCUAGGCUUUUAACUUUGGGGUGGGGCAUGGGGUGGCCAAGGCUAUAUCAGGGGGGUCCAUAUAACAAACAAAAAAACUAAAAAUGAAAAUAAUUCUACAGAAAAUGCAGAUUAAUAUGAAUUAUAUGGCGUGUGGGAAACAAAAUGGCGGAAGAAUCGAAAAAUACCCUAAAUAACUUUUAGAUGGCGACAUUUGGCAACUUCAAUUUUAACCAGUUAUAAUAUUUCAAACAAAUGAUGCUCUAACCAAAUUUUUGACUAACUCUAAACUUUUGAAAGGACUUUUUUUUGGAAGGGGGUGGGGUCAACAGACUUUAAAGUCAAAUGGCUAACGUGAAUUUGCUAAACAAUCACAAAAUGAACCCCAGCUUUGUCUCCAGCUUUGUCCCACUCUGGAACUGAUGGUAGCAUUUUUGUACGUUUAUGCUCUUGUUAUGUUUGUGCUUUGAAAUACGACUCGUCACUUACUUGGGCAUCCAGGUAUUUAUUUACAGGGUACACCGUGUUGCUGUCUGUUUGUGGUAUGGUACAGACGUUCCAAAGUGUGUUGGGAGCAGCAAUGCAAAUCAUUAUGCAUUUCACAAAACAAAGCAGAUUUGGUUCUUUGACAAUCUAAGAAAAAUAAAUAGCGAGGAUGUUACAACUGAAAAGUCGGGAGAAUUUAGUCGAAUUUUGUACAAAACGUUCUGCACUUAGAAGUUUGUAUUCUAGUUAUUGUAUUUGUUUUGAAAUCAAUUUUAUUGGAAUAAAUAAAGAUGAAUUGAAUUGAGCUGAGUAAAUUCAGUUUUUAUCAUUGAACUAGAAUUUUUUUCCAAGCCACAUUAUUCAGUUGUGGGGGGUGGGGGCAACUUGUUGCUAGGCAGACUUUGAAGCAAACAAUCGCCCAAUUGGUCCACAAUAUAACUCAGUCGGGGGGAAAUGCUGUUAAUGGCUGCAUGUGAAUUUUGAAACUGAACUGUCCUGUAUUAAAAAUGAAAUCCAAAUUUGCCACUAUUGCUCUAUAUUCAUUAUAAAAUGGAAUUUCUUUUUAGGACACAAACAGUCAGAAUUAUUGCAAGCUACAUUUCAUGUAAUGUAAAUUUUCCACUGGGGAAUAAUGUCAUAUUUUGAACAUGUUUGUUUGUGACAAAUAAUGCUUAACUUUUUUUUGGCUACAAUUUCUUAGUAAAUAAUUUCUCGCUACAAAAUGUUCCCUAUUGACUCCCUGUGAACUGCUCAGUCAGUAACACUGUACCCAACACUACACACACACAAAACUACACACACUGUACUGACACCCAGUCUGCAGCCUUGUAUAAGCUUUUUCCCACUCUUUAUUCUGUACAAUUGUAUAAUGGGCAUUCAGAUGAUUCUAUAUUUUUCUAUUUCUAAUAUAUAUAUAUAUAUGUCUAUAUACACACACACACACAUUCACAUAUAUAGUAUAUUAUACAUAAUCAGUGGAGUGAAGUUAACUUUUGUUUUGAUGUCAUUGAUUGUGAUGCCAGUGUGUCGCCACCAGCGAUUAAAAAAUAAUAAUUAUUGAAGAGCUUAAGACAAGCUUGGACUCCAAAUGAGUUUUGUGUUUGUUGUGCUUGAUGGCACAACUUUGGCACAACGCAAUUUAUCUAUCAAUCACUAUUCAGAAUAACAGUAUGGUGCAUAAAAAAAAUGCAAGUCUCUGUUUAUAAGAAACUCCCAACACAAAUGGCACUAAAGAUUUUUUAUUCGCCUUAUAGUGUGCACUAUUAGAAAGUCUAGAGCCAAGGCAGACAUUUUAAAACAAGGUACGUCAAAAUAUAUGAGGUACUUUCUUUGGGUUGGCUACAGGAGUUUGUGCUUUACGUGACAAAAUGCUCUGUAAUGUUUAUUUUUUUUAUGAGUGAGUGGAAAUGCACAUUAUUGACACCUAUAGUACUCCUUAUAAUCAAAUUUGGUGGUAUAUAUAUGGUGACUUAAUACUUUUUUUCCCACUAUAUCUGUGAUGGCUUUUUGCAAAAUUCCAAAAUCUAAUCUUUAAUUAGGUCUUGGUUUAAUUCUGUGCUGAUUAUAGCCCCACCCUUAGCAAAAUAAUAAUAAUACUGCAUCAAAAUUAUUGCUUUUAAUGCCCCCCCCUUCCGCAAAACACGAUUUUUUGACGUGUGCGUGUGAAUUAAAAUCAUUCAGUAACCGAAGUAACAAGUGAAUGUAUAACUGUUGGUGCAAUUGUGUAAGAAAAAAAGUGUAAAAGACAAAAAAAAUAGCUACAGUCUCAAGCCUUUUGUCUUAUUUUACACUGCCAAUCAAAUGGUGACUUUUCAGGAAGACAUUUUUCAGGUGGCUCGUUUUUUUUCCCCCCCCGUGUCUACUAAUAAAAUUGUCUUUAGCAUUUUAAA